CAACAGCAAAGCACACAUAAAACAAAAUAAACAACCCCAUUAUCUAUCUCUCUAUCAUGAAGACAUCGGCUGGACUUAUCCUUUCUUUCUUGGCCUCGGCCACCGCUUGGACGUCGCCUUCUUCCAUGGCCCGUACGCGACAGCAAUCCGCUUUGAAGAUGGCCAUUGACUACAACGAUCCCGUUGUUGCCGAAGAGUUCGCCAAGGUUCAGCCCAUGACCUGGGAGGAAAUCGAAGAAGAAUUGAACGAGUCUGGAAUUCCUGCUCCACCCUCGAUGAGCGACAUGGAUCUGAAAUUGAUGCUUGUUGAGAUGAGAUUGCGUUUGACGGGGAGACUCGACGGUGACAAAGCCAAGGAACGCCCCACCACGUUCAAGUCCGCCUUUGAAGAAGCCAUCUGGACUAAGCCAGCCUUUGCAGAAUUUUACAAAAUAUACGAAGAUCGGGACGAUCACAACUCCAUGAAUGUCAUCAAGGAAAUGUUGAACAUCCCCGACAUUGCACAGCAACGAUACAGUACAUCCUACGCGUCGUUGCUCGAAGAACUCGAUUUCGCAUUGAACGCCCCCCCUCCGGUCAAUAGCCCCACCCUUCUUUUCAGUGGAUUUCCUUCCAACAUGGGAGAAGCCGCACUGAAAAUGACGCUCGAGGCCCUAGGAGAAAUCGAGGGUCUAGAAUGCGAAGAGGACGAAUCCUUCCCUAUUUUGAGGGGAACGGUUACAUUCGCGGAUAUUGAAUCGGCAAAGGCCUGUGUCGCACAAUACAAUGGAAUGGAUAUGGGAAUGGGAACUCUAUUGGAAAUCACAUCGGUGUAAUUUAACUAUCUUGCUGGAGUCGAAGGCAUGAUUAAUGUUAUGAAAAUAGAUACAUGAGUGCAAUGCGCUAGAAAUACAAAUCCAAGCCUUUUAACCGACAUGAUAUAUACAGUAUCGCGGUAGACUGCCAGGCAACGAAUGAUGAGAUGAUAGGAUCCAACAAAACUUGAAAAGUAUUAGCUGCUUUGCAGAAUCAUCGGCAAUUCGACAAGGUGCCGAAAGCUUUCAUCAAUAUAGUGACACCAUCGGCUUGGAAUUCUCCAAAAUUAGUCUCAAUCUGGAUUAAAAAUUAGAUAAUUUA